GAUUACACAGAGCAAAUAGGAUAUAUUGGACUUGUGGAUUGGAGUGUAAGUCUGUGCAUAGAGAAAGGACCACGGAUCUGUGGGAACAUCUGUGGGAACGUUGAAGGAUGUUAUCGAAACCAGGGUGAGGACAUGUCAACUUGUCAGAGGAAUACCUGUUGUCUUGUGUGAAUCAUGGAGCAAUAAACAGUGAACUUGUACAGUUGUCAGAAAAUGGUUGGUUGGUUUGUUGUUUUAACUUGGUUUUCAGAAAUACCUAGUGACACGUUUGCACUGAAUAAUGUUAAGUGACUGGCCAGCAGGACAAGGAUAUUGCUAGUUAUUUCAUCAACUGGUCCAUGAACUUCAAAUGAAAUAGGGAUGUUUCAACACUGAAUUGGCCAGCCAGACCACUUGAAGACUUUUGACAGGUCCUUGUGUGUUUUUAAACUAGCGAACCACUGAAAGGAAGAACACUGCAUUAAUGUGUGCUGUCUUACAACCUGAUGCACAAAAAAAUUGAUGCAAGUCUAUGGUCAGAUCUACAGUUGUCAUCACGCUUUACUUCUGCUAACUGAGGAUUCUAUUUUUUUGGUGCAGUAGGAUUUUUUAUUUUUCAUGAAACCAAUUCUUAGUGUUUUGGGUGCCCUGUGUCACGAUGUAAGCUCUUAACGCUCAACCGGUACCCGGUAGUCGGGUAACCCAUCACAAAUCAAUGACAGAGAGCAAGCUAUGUAAUGGCUCCCGCUCGGACUCGGACAAGUCCACGUGCGGACAGGAGUUCCAAAGCACUAGUGCACCAUGGGAAGGUCUUUAUGAGACAGUGAGCGAGCAGAAUGGAUUCUGUGUGAGCCAAAAUCAGAGCUUUCUUCUUGCAGGGAUGCCAUGCCUGGAAGAAGGCUUUAACAACAACAAAGCUGUUGCUCUCUGUGGUGACCGAGUUGUACAGAUGACCAAAACAUACAAUGACAUUGAUGCUGUAACACGUCUACUUGAAGAGAAAGAGAAAGAUUUAGAGCUCGCUGCGAAAAUUGGCCAAUCCUUACUGGAGCAGAACAAACAACUGGAGAAACGCAUCGACGGAAUAGAAGAACAACUCACCCUAGCAACAGACCAGAACACACAGUUGAAGCAUGAUAUGAAACUCAAGGAACAAUUGCUGCGGAUCUACACCAAUGAAGUCAGCUACAGCGACUCGGAAGAUGAGGCCUCGGUCAGCUAUGACCGAAGCCAUACGAUUCAGUCCAAGUUCAUCAACGUGGAGGCCCUACAGAGGAAAGUCCGCAUCCUGGAGGAGGACAACCUCCAGCUACGGAUGGAGACGGCCGAGAUGAACACGAAGACGGUCAGCAUCGAAGAGAAGGAAGCCCAACUGGUUCAGGAUGCAUUCAAACAGCUUGGAGAAGCUCAGGGGCGUGAGGGUGUCAUGACAGAAGAACUCAGUCGCAGAUUGGAAGAGACCUACCAACAGAAAGAAGAGAUCACCAACCUACUCGCUAUGGUGGUUGAACUUCAGCAAAAAGUCAAAAAGCUUUCAAUUGAGAAUGAGGAACUCCAGCAUCAACACCGGGCAGCUAGAGACGCUCAACUCUCUCUCACCAAAGAGUUGCAAGAGACCAAGGAUAAGUCAGACGAGUACUUCAGCAUGCUAGCCGAGGCAAGGGGUGAAGCAAAGGAAAUCCACCGCCGUUCUUUGCCUCAGGGGAACGUCCACGUACCUGGUUAUAAUAUCAAUCCGCUGCCUGUAUUCCCUGCAGAUUCCUUGGCAGCUGAACUUGUAAACUCAGUGGAACAGGAACUUGUCGGAGGGGACCCCACAAUAAACAGAAGAGGAAAUAAGAGGGAACAAAAUAAGAACAUCAUGAAGACGGUCAAGAAUGUAAAUCGUUUUGCUACCAGCCAAGCCCCGUCGGAGUACAGUAUCGACAUGUAUGACAGCAGCCGUCGAACCUCUCCAGGUGGCUCAACAAUGUCCAUGGCUGGUUCCAAUCGCAGCGGGACACCGAUGAGUGAACAGUACGAGGGUGACAAUGAGUCCAAUAACAGCCCCUCUGGCUCAUUUAACCAACUGGGUCGCCCCGGCAUUCCUGGAUCCAACGAUCUUGAGACGGCCCUCCGUCGUCUCAACCUCCGCCGCCAGAACCUACAUGCCGAGGAGAAGUACGCAGAGGAAGAGAAGCUCCACCUUCAUGACGGAGACGUCGGGACCGGAGGCUCCCAGACUCCGACCUGCCCUACACCGGGUAGUAUCUGGUCAACGGAGAGCUUCGCUGGGCUGCCUUCCAUGGGCGGGCAUGCCUUCAGGUCCUACAUGCCGGAGAAGUUACAGAUUGUCAAACCAAUGGAAGGUUCGUUGACGUUAUACCAUUGGCAGCGUCUAGCGCAACCCCACAUGGCCAGCAUGCUUGAUGUCAGGCCAGGGGUGAUGGUCAAAGGGUUUCGGGAGCUGGAGAGAGACCCUGCUCUGUAUUCCAUGGAUGAUGUGGAGGACGAUGGACAAGUGUGUGAGCGUACAUGUGUACCCAGCAAGUGCUUUGUGAAUACAUGCAGCACAUACACCUACACAACAAGCACCAUUGGUCUACUGGAUAACACGCUACUCACGGCAAGCAAUAGAGGCCCCAGGAUGUCCGAUUCCUACAACAUCACCACUAGACCCAUUGCUGCCAAAACCUUCAGUACCAAUAUGGGACUGGCCCAAGUGCUGAAAGAACGAGAUGUGGAUAACGAGGCAGAACCCAAAGUGCUGACCAAAGUAGAGGCAGCUGCCAUCAACCCAGCUGGGGUCAAUGCCGGCUUGAACAUGUUCGGAGUUCCAUCGAGUGGGCCGCUAAAGAGCGCAUCAGAAGCAAAGCGAGAGACACAAGUCAAAACAGAGGAAGUAGAACCCAAAGGGAUGCAUCGAAUCUCCAGUCGCAUCUUCUCCCGUUUUGCUGUGCCGGUACGCUCCAGGAACAUCACGGACGCCUUGGAUCCCGAGACCAAAACCCGCCUAAUGGAGAAGGUUAAGAAGAUCCGUGCCGAGAAAGCAACGUCCGAAAGAAGGACGCGGACUCUCCAGCGACAACCUAGUAUACCCAGUGUACGCACAAGAGAUACUGUCAUGAGCCCUGUUAGAACACCCAAGAUCCCAGCGUCAGCUUCGGCACCCAUUGGGCUGGCACCCAAAUCAGGGACGUCCUGCAUGGGCUUGGAGGGUGCAGUUGGUGGGUACAGCCCACCAGGCGCCUUCGGGGCACAAGGGGGAACAAUCCACAAAGCGAAUGCCACCACCGAUCCUGAACCCAAGGCCCACAGGAAGCUCUUUGUUUCUGAUGAUUCCGGAGUUGAACUUGGAUUCGGCGGGAUGACGCCAGGACCACCUUCGACUGUUUCAAAUGCUCCAUUCUUGACUUUCACUGGGACCGUUUCCAGUAACCGCAAUAUACCAUGCGCUGAUGUUCUUGGCUUAGGCUUAAGGUCUUCGAGCUCCACUUCCUGUGGUAGUUCAUUCAAACCACAAUACCCUUCAAAAUAUGAAAACUCACAGGGUUCAACUGGAGUUGGUCUAGGUGCCCUCAUCUCCGCAGAGACUGUUUCUUAUUCCCCAAAACAGUUCUCCAAUUCUGGGAGCUACAGCGUACCGAGCUACAAUCCCGGCUUGAGCUCCUUCAGUUCCACAACAAAUGUCUACAGUUCUGCCAAACUGUACGGCUCCCACGGUAGUGGGGCUGGCGGCCCAUCGAAUUAUGCUCCACAGGGUUCCCAUGGGGUUGGCUUGGGUGCACUAGCCACCCCAGAGACAGUUUCUAGUAACCCCAAGCUUCCUUCAGGAGGAGGUCAUAGGUCAGGUCAAAGCACAAUGUCAAUGUCGUCAAUGUCUUCAAUGUCGUCUGGUCAACAUGGUCUAGCAUUGCUAUCGUCGUCAUCACAAUCAUCGAGUUUAAAACCUCGUAGCUCUGUCAUGCCCAUCACCAGUUUCAAUUCCUCUCCGACACCUAAUCCGCAUGUUCCAGAUGUUGGGCUUGGGUCUAUCUUGGGGACGUCAUCCCGACCCACCGCACUACCCCUUGGAAAUGGCAAGAGGGGAGAUGAAACUCCCAAAGAGGGAUCCGGGGUGCCGCAGGGUUCGACUUUGGGACCUACUAGCCCCAUGUCAGUGUUUGUCGGGAAUCUCUCGGCAUUAAAAGGUUUCCGUAAACCCGGCCCAAUGCUAUAACAAAGAGUGUCAUGCGUAAAGCAAUAAAGUAGUUUUUAGUCUUUAAAAAAGCUAUGCAUCUGUGGAUUGGAAUAAAUUAUUAUUGAAAAAGAAAAAACCCACAACAACAACAGUUGAAUGCUUGAAUAAUAAUGCUGAAUGUAUAAUUUACUAUCUGUAAUAAUUAUUGAUGUCGUGCAGUGUUCAGUCAAACUGAAAAAAUAUUACCUAGUUGACCCCAGGAAGGUACAGCCCCAAAGACGUGUUAUUGUGAAGUAUUUAUUACUGAUUUUUCAGUAACUGGUUUUAAAACUUUCAUUUUGAUUUUAAAUGUACAUAGAUUUAAAAGAUGAUAAUAAUUCCACGUCCUAAUACAGGACUUGGAAUCAUUACCCAAGGGACAAGGGUCACAUUUGGGGAAUAAAUGUUGAUGUGAUUUUUUUUUUUUUUAAUGCAGGAUUUCCCAAAAAAUCCUAUUCAGCCUUCAAACUUACUUGAAAGAAGUAAAGCAGUCACCAAAGGGAGGAAGAAAUAGUUGACAUUUUUGUCCAAACCUGUGGUCCACUUUAGGACUCUCUCAUCUGUUAAACCUACAAAUUCUCAAUUUCUUGGCCAAAGAAAUGAUGCACAGAGUCUGUAAACCUCCUGAGUUGUAACACCUGGGAUGUUUUGGAUCUAGAAAAGGGAGGAGCCCAGGUGUGGAUUCUACAAAGAUAGUCCUUAAGGACUAGUCCUAGGAGUUGUUAGGAAACCUAUAAAAAGGUUAUUCGUAGUUAGGACUCGUCCUAACUCGAGAUAAGACAAGUCUUUUACUUUGUGAAAUCCAUCCUGGGCCAGCAACCCAUUUUUCAUGAGUUUUCACAAUCCUCAAAUCUCAUCCCUGCUUGAUGCACAUGAAGGCUAAAAGGCAGCGUUGAGAGUCUUACAACGUUUUCUGAACAAAUUUGAUGGCAGAAACAGGAGUGUUUAUGUUAAUCUGAUUCCUUGCUUAAAUGAUCAGUGCCACGCAAUUUGGUGCUAAGUUAAAGAUUUCAACUACACCCACAAAAAAGCAAAUUAUCAAAAUGUGAUGCCAUAUAAAAGAUGAGUCGUUCAAUUCUGGUAUUGUUUAAUACCAAGUUUAUUUAUUUAUUCUUAACAGGAAAAUACUCUUUUUAGAUAUUAUGAAAAGAGUGAAAAUAAUAAGUAUUGAAUUAUGGGUAUGAUGGAGUUGAUUAUUCUAUAGAUGAAUAUAGAAAUUAAAUUUUUAUAAUUUUGUUUUUAAAUUUGAUACCUCAGGCUGCCUGAAUUUUAACGAUUCUUAAAGUGCAAUAUAAGUUUAAUUUUAUUUUUGUUUUACCUCUUUGCGUUUGGAUUGUGUUGUGACUUUUUCGGUUUACUUUCAGUUGUGAAAACUGUUUUUGAGUGAGUGUUGGUUUGAGUUUGAUGAUUUAUUUUGAUAUCAAUUCAGAACAAAAUUGAUGAUUCUGAUGUGAUCCAUGUGUGGAGCUUUCAUGACAAAUAUCAGGAUGUUUUUUUUUCUCUUCAAAAUUCAGGUAAAUAAAUGUCCUUCGAUUAUCUUUAAAGGGAGGGUAUACCUUUAGUAAUUUCUGCAAAAAAUUAAUAUCCAUAAAAACUAAAGCCCGGUUCAUAC